AUGGCAUACGGCUAUGGCCCCACGCCUGCCUACCACUCCAAGAACUAUCACAAGGAGGCCUUGCGGACAGUGUACCGUCGGAGGCUCGAUCACCUGGGCCUGAAGCUUCAGCAGCUGGAGUUGGUUGGCGACGGGGAGAACACAGAAAGGGAGGCACGAUACCUGGCCAUGCGCCAGGCGCUGGCUGUCAUCGAGGCACAACCUGACGGUCUUUGUGGUGGUUGCGCGGAGUGGCAACACCGGCACCGUCGGGAUACGAAGCAACUCCUCCAGGAAGUCGCCCAUUUGAGGGCAGCUUUGCAAAGGAUGCUGGCUCAGAUGGGACAGUUGUUACCUGCCGAAGACGUUUCUAGGCUGCAACAGGAGCUCAAUCUGGACUCCCGUCUGUUCAGCCAGAUUUCGAAGCCCGGCGUCACCGAGCAGGACCUCGCAACCAUGAAGUUGGCCAGCGUUGGUAAAGAGGUGGUCAACUUGAAGGCAGAAAAUGCCGCGUUGAAGAAGCGACAAGCGGACAGCGAAGCAGAGCUGGCGGAGCAGCGGCGGCGAAGUGCGGCGCUGGAGCGAGAGCUCCGGGAACUGAAGCAACAGAUGGCUCAGAAGGAGAUCCAGGCCGCCAGCCCCGAGUUUUCCUUGGAGGCCCGCAGCCGUGGGAAGCCGCAGAAGACGAAGGACCUGUCUCUGUUCCCUCGGACCUUCUCGAAGCAAAUGGAGGAGUCCUACCUCAGUCGCCGGCCUUCGCGACCCAAUGUCGUCGACAUGAAGUUGACGUCGUCCCCGCCUUCGGAUUUCGAGAAAACCGCGAAGGCCGACCUCCUGGUAAAUGAGAUCAGCAGCCUCCAUGAAGAGCGCCGGCACCUCCGCCGGCGAGUGGAGACCGCGGACCUCAACGGCAGCCAGGAGGCGCAGGAGGUCUCGGCUGCAUUGGAGGGCGCCCGGGGCCGCUUCCUCGAGUCCCAGCUCCGAAGGGAUCGCCUGCGUCGGCUGGUGAAGGGCCUCGAAGGUCACAACCCACCACAGCCAGAGCAGGUGGAGGUGUCGCUGCAAGAGAGGGAGCGCGAGCUCGAAACGAGGGUCGAGGCGCUUCGAAAAGACACGGGGAACCUGGAAGAGCGUCGUCAAAACUUCAUCAAGGAGCUCGAGGACUGCCGCCGUCAGGCAGCACAGCGCACUGCGGAGCUUCGCCACUCGGAGGAGCUCGGCUCGGAGGCUGUCGCACGCUGUGCAGCUUUGCAGCUCGAGCUCAAACUGCUCCAAGAGAAGAUCUUCGGAGUGGAGACGGAGCGCCAGGAGCUGUGGCAGAAGCAGCGGCGCAUGGGGGAGCAGUUUGAAAGUGCGUGGGAGGCAGCCACUGCCGAGGUGCUUCGAGUUGACAAGAUUGUGACUGCCGUGGCUAUCGGAUUUAAGUUUCUGGACUUGGGCUCUGGAACGUCUGCUUUUGCUGAAGCAGCUUUCGCAUUGCCCGGGAGUGUCGCAGCCUUGGCUUACAUGAAGGCCCGUAGGCCGAUCCUGUGCAUCGUGCUGCUGGGGUGCCUCAUAAACACCACGAUGUUCUCUGCCUGUCAGGGGGCACCGGCCCCCAGGGGUGGUCCUAUCAUCCGCGAAGAAGCCAUGAGCUUCCCCUUCGACUGCGAGUCUCCAUUCCUCUUUGCCGUCUACCACUUGGACCACUACCCUCCCGGCAAGCCGGACAUGACUCCCAAUGCAUCCUUGAAGGGGCACAGGAUGGGUGCGGACUUCGGGCACCCCUCCGGUUGGAACAUGUACCACGGGGAGGAGAUCCCCGGCUUCCCGAAGCACCCGCACCGCGGCUUCGAGACCAUCACGGUGACCAGACGCGGCUGGGUGGACCACACCGACUCUUUGGGCAAUGCUGGGCGCUUUGGCGGUGGGGACGUCCAGUGGAUGACUGCCGGGGCCGGCAUCAGCCAUGCCGAGAUGUUCCCCCUGCUCAAUCAGGAUUCAGAGAAUGUGCUGGAGCUCUUUCAGAUCUGGAUCAAUCUGCCCAAGCGCAGCAAGAUGGUGGAACCUAGCUUCAAGAUGCUCUGGGCGGAGGAUCUAGCAACAGUCCACCAGGCCGACGGAACAGAAAUCGCCUUGAUCGCGGGCUCCCUACCAGGCUUUGGCUCGCCGCCGGCCCCGCCUCCGAAUUCCUACGCAUCAGAUCCUGCCUCAGAUGUCAUGGUCCUAACCCUGAAGAUCCCAGCAAAAGGAUCUUGGACGCUCCCGGCCUAUGCGGGAGCCGGAGUCUCAGGGCUGAACAGGAAUGCGUACAUUCACACCGGCACGAAGAGCAAAAUCGGUGGGCAGGUCAUCCAUGGCCAGAAGCGUCUUAAGCUGCGCCCAGAUGCAGACACCGAGAUCGCUGCCGAGGACGGGCCGAUUGAAGUCCUCGUUCUGCAAGGCCGCGACAUCGGGGAGCCCGUUGUUCAGCACGGGCCCUUCGUCGGCAACAGCCGCGAGGAUAUCUCCAAGGCUUUUCGAGACUACCAAACGACGGAAUUUGGAGGCUGGCCAUGGAAGUCGAGUGCUUUGGCCCACGGCCCGGAGCGACCGCGCUUUGCCAAGUAUGCCAGCGGCGAGGAGGCCAAGCUGGCUGCCAUGGCAGCGGAGCUACAGAGGCAGCGGGAACUGCUCAGCGUGACUCCCGAGCCCGUGAAGGAGGCACUUGCCCUCACAAGCCCGGAGGAGAUGCCAGAGAGGUUUUCGGGUGGCGUCUGGCAGCAGAGGCUACUUCAAGAAUCUUUGCGUGCAGAGCAGGCUGAGCUCCGGCUCCUGGAAGCCUCCACCGACGGAGUCGAAGCUCGAGAACGGGGCCUCCAAGAUUCUCUGAAGGUGGCGCUCUCCAAGCUGGAGGAUCUGAAGCAACAGCUCGAGGGCGAGCGCAUCGCCAAAGCGGAAGCGCAGAAGAUCUGGGCAGCUGCACAGCGCGAGCAGCAGUCGCUCGCGCUGCAGAAGCUGCGGAGCCACAUGGAGGCCUUGCGGUCCUGGAACUCCCAGAGGCGCGGCCGGCUGCUGAAGCUGGCCAAACGGUCAACGCAGCAACCCGACGGUAGCACCGGCGUGCUCAGAGCCGAGUUGGAUGGACACCUCCGCUGGAUUUUUGGCACCCUGGCCCUUUCCUUCGCAGAGAAGAGGACGCCAGAGAAAGCGGCCUUCGAUCUGCACUGCUGGCACCAGGCCUUGCGCGGGCUGAGACAGGCCCUGCAGCAGGCGAAGGCCUCGGAAGCCGUGGAGGACUACGCGGAGAAAGGCUUGGAGGUUUCUCUUUGGGAGGCUGAGAAGAUGUGGGAAGAAGUGCUGUCCCUCGUUCAGAGAGGCCGAACUCCUUCCGCGGCAGCGGCAGCGGAGGGCGCCGCAUUGGACGCAGCGAGCGUCGAGGAAAUUGUGAAAGCCUCGGUGGAGGCCGAGAAGGCGGCAGCGGCGCGCGCUGCCCAGGACACGUUGCGAGAGAGACUCGGGGAGCACGCUUGUCAAGACGAGAGUGCGGAGCCCGCAGAGAUGGAGAGGGAGCUGCUUCUGGAGGAGGCGCAAGAGGAGGCUCGAGAGGAGGAAGAUCGGCACCGUGAGCUGGAGCUGGCUCUGCUGGUGGCCCGACGCGAAGAUGCAGAGCUUGAGGCCCAGGCUGCCGGACGAGCUGCGGAGAAGGCGGCCGAGGCGGUCAUGACCUGGCGCAGUCAGAACUUCCGCGAGCUCUGCCGCAAGAUCUGCCAAGAGAUGACCCAAUCGUUGCUCGUGCAGUUGCAGCACCUCUGCGAGAGUGCUGCCGAACAUCCCGACAUCUUUCAGAAGCAGAUGGAGGAGAUCCGGGAGCUCAAGCAGGCCCACUCAGCAGUUUCUGCCGCGCAGGCAGAAGCUCUGGGUAGCGCCGAUCUCCUGGAGGCGGAGCUGCAGGCUGCUUGGGUGGGAACAGUGGCAGCCAUCGAGGAAGUUCAGGCCUCCAGCAAGGAGCUGGCGAUGGAGCGGGACCGCUGUCGCCUUGCUCUGGAUGCUCUGCGGGCGCGAACAGACGCUGUUGAGUUUUCGGCAGCUUUGGCCGCCAUGUGUGAAGAGCUGGUGCUCGAGGUGCCCAGCGAGUUUCCGGAACCCAAGCCGGUCUGUCUUGGUUUGCCAGAGGCUGCUCUCUCAGAGAGUGAGGGACCAGAAGCAUGCAGCUGGGAGGAGUCAGAGUCCUCUGAGUUGUCCGCGGACCUGUACGAACAGUUUGUCCGCUUCAUGGAGCAGAUGCGGGCCACAAGUCCGGAAAUCCUUCGUGGAGUACGAGCCUCUAGAGCACUGCGAAGCGGGCCACGCAGGUGGAUUCGAGGAGAUCUUGAGAAACUGUAUGCUCUGAGCGAGGCAACAGAUCAAUUUGAAGAGUUUUGGUCUCACAGCUGGUCCACCGGUGCUCUGACAAAGUUUUCCAACGUCCUUCUCCUCAACCAUGGCCUGCCAGCGUUCGUUGUGGGUACACUCUGCGCUGCUUCUGUUGGCUCCCUGUGCGUGUUGCGCCUUCUGCCUCCAUGGAAUCUAUGGGGCACAGUGACUGGUGUCCUGAGUUACUACGUGACCUUGCUUUUGUGGAGCCGGAGGAAGCAGGUCUUCCUGGAUAUUGCGUGUAUUUGCCAGACUGAUGCGAAUCUAAAGGCCCAAGGUCUACUGAGCAUCGGUGCCUUUUUGAAAAACUCGAGGUCUUUUCUGGUCUUGUGGGACGAAAUGGCAGCAUUCCUUCACAGUCGAGAGCCAGGUGCAAAGAAGAAUCUGGUGGUUUGCCCGGUGUUUGUUGCACCUGCACUCCUCAUUGGUCAUUUGGGUCUCAGCGUGCUUCUGGUCGCAUACCUUCUUUCACAGGUGCCGAUCUUUCCAUGGGGUGGCCUCGUUAUGUGUCUUCUCACUGCUCCAUGUUUGAUGCUCUUCGCAGUCGCGGUUGUUGCCCACUAUCGGAGUAUCGAACAAAUUCAGGAUCAAGUCCGCGGUUUCACCAUUGACAAGUCUUCGUGCCAUUGCUGUUCCUGUGGGCAUGUUGAUCCACGCACCUGUGAGACGAUGAUUUGCGACCGCAAAUUGAUCGUUCGCUGCAUCUCCCUCUGGUUCGGGUCGGCAGAGGCUUUCGAGGAGAUUGUGCGAACUCGGCUCCUGACAGUGCUGGUCCACCAGCUGAAAACGCAGGUCUUCUCAUACUGGCGUAUUGUGCAGGCUGCAAGCCCGGCUCUCUGGAUGAUGAUCGACAUCUGGUGCGCGGACAGCAUGAAGGGCGCGGCCACAGAAGACCUCGUGGAGGUGGCCCUCGCUGCUGUGACCUUGUGCUUCAUGUUCCUCCCAAGUGUGUGCUUACUUUUGCUCAACCUCGCCUACAAAGCACGCCACCUGCGAGCUCCGCAGACGUUGAUCGCGGCAGGGCUUGUCGCCAUUGGUGCCGGCACAUUCGGGUUCUUUCUCGCGUCCGAAAGGAUGCUUGUGCUGAUCACCGGUGACCAAGUGAUUGCUGGAAUCAUAUUGUUUUGGGUAAUGGGAGCCAUGACUCUUUGGUUGUGGCGCUGCGUGCCCAUGCUCGGUCACGACGGGACUCUUUCCGCCGAGGACUUCUGA